AUGUUUUUAAAAACAUUCCUUGAUUUUAUUUAUUUUUUAUUAAUAAUUAAUUUGAUUCAGUGUCAUGAAACUCCUAUAGUAGAAACAAAUUAUGGACCUAUUUCUGGAAAGGUUUUAAAGACGCUGAUUAAAAAUGUGGAAUAUUUUGGAUUUAUGGGAAUACCAUAUGCAGCGCCACCUGUUGGUGAAUUGCGAUUCAUGGCACCUCAACCCAUCGACCCUUGGGACGAAACGUUGAAAGCAACACGAGAGAAACCUGCCUGCAUACAAUUCAACAAUGACAUCAAAAAAGGACAGGACUUAGGUUGGUACGGAGACGAAGACUGCUUAUACCUCGAUGUAUUCACGCCAGCUAUAGAUGAAGAAUCAAGGCCAGUAAUCGUAUUCAUAUACAACGAACAUUUCCAAAAUUCUUACAACAAAUCCAAGGAUUAUGCUCCAGACUUUUUCAUUGAAGAAGAUGUUAUUGUUGUAACUUUAAGUCAUAGAUUAUCAGCAUUUGGAUUUUUGUCGCUAGAGAAUGAUAUGGUGCCAGGUAACGCUGGUCUAAAAGACAUCGUUGAAGUUUUAGAAUGGGUUAGAGACAAUAUUAACCAGUUUGGUGGAGACCCGCAUAGAGUCACCCUCAUGGGACUGGAAGGAGGCGCAGCUGCUAUUGAUUUACUUAUACACUCAAACGCAAAAUAUCUUUUCCAAGCAGCCAUACUGCAUAGUGGUUCAUCGUGGUCUUCAGCAUAUUUACAAGAAGAGGUUAGAGAUAGAGCGUUCAAACUUGGAGAACUAAUAGAAAGAACUUCGACUGACGAAGUUCAAUUACUAAAGGAGCUCCAAGAUAUACCAGCUAAAGAUUUACUUACAAAAGAUGUGCAUGCAAGUCCUGAUGAUUACUUUAAACAGACACAGAAGAGUGUAGUUGCAUUCAGUCCAAUAGUAGAAAAACAUCGAAAGGGCUUAAUUAAGGAAUACCCGGAAGAUUAUAUGGAAAUCAUUAAAAUGCCAAUCAUGAUUGGUUCUAAUUCCAGAGAAGCACUAGAGCCUAUGAUGCAAUAUCUGAUAGAACCAAGAUACAUUACUUUUCUUAGGAAAGACUUCCCUCUUCUCUUACCAAGAAGGUUGAGAUUCCAAUUUGAUCCAUUGAAAGACGUGUAUGAUGAUGCAACCAAAGACAUAAAAGAUUUUUACUUUAAGAACGGUGAAAUUAAUCUGAAGAGUGUUCCAGACCUACUCACAUAUAUGGGGGAUGCAUCAGUCAAUUACGUAGUAGAUUAUACAGCUAAACUAUAUUCUGAAAGAUCAGAGAAACCAGUGUACUAUUACUAUUUUGAUUACAUCAGUAAUUUGAACGAGAAUAAAAAUAAUUUGAUGAAGUAUUCCAAUGUGCAGGAGGGAACGUGGGGAACGGCUGCUGGGGAUGAAAUGUGUUAUCUGUUCAAGUGCCCCGCUCUAACAGAUGAAUAUUUAAAGCUUGAGAAAAAUGUGCCCGAAGAAAAAGUUAUUCAAAGGAAAAUGAUAAAAAUGUGGACGAAUUUUGCUAAAUACGGGAACCCAACACCAGACCACGAUGAAGAACUAGGAGUUAAAUGGCCUGCAUAUACUACAGAAAAGAAGGAAUACCUACAUAUAGACAAACACAUGAAAAUCAAACAAGAUCUGAAUAAGAAACGAUACGAAUUCUGGGAUCGAUUCAUUGAUAAAUGGGAAGCAAUGGCCGUCAACGGAGUUAUUAGUGAAUCAAUUAACAAAAAAGACGAAUUAUGA